AUGGCUACCAAAAGGAACUCACCUCUGGGCUUUUCUCUCUUCUCGUCAGCGCUAGUACUGCUUCUGAUUCUGUUGGUCAUAGUAUCAUCUGGGUCACCCAUCGUAAGUGCAGGCUAUGGUUUCUCUAUCAGAAAAGCAAACAUUCGUGACCUCCAACUCGCUUUCAAGCAUAACCAUCUCGCCUCCAAGCGACUGGUUGAGUUCUACCUCCGAGAAAUCCAGAGCAUCAACCCGGUCCUCAAAGGGGUCAUAGAGGUGAACCCAGAUGCUGUGUACCAAGCCGAUAAGGCUGACCGCGAGCGCAAGGCGAGAGCACCUUGCUCAUUCUCUGGGUUGCAUAGUAUUCCCGUUUUGCUCAAGGAUAACAUCGGAACGAAGGACAAACUGAAUACCACGGCUGGUUCGUUGGCGCUGCUUGGCUCGGUUGUGCCUCGGGAUGCAGGCUUGGUAGCCAAGUUGAGAAAAUCCCAGGCCAUCGUUCUGGGGAAGGCUAGCUUGAGCGAGUGGGCUAAUUUUAGGUCGCUCAAUGCACCCAACGGUCGGAGUGCUAGAGGUGACCGGGGCAAGAAUCCUUAUGUGUUAUCGGCAGAUCCUUGUGGAUCAAGUAGUGGUUCAGCAAUAUCAGUGGCUGCGAAUCUGGUAGCAGUGGCGCUUGGGACCGAGACGGACGGCUCAAUCCCUUUACUGCUUUUCAGUUUAAACUCAGUAGUAGGCAUCAAGCCAACCGUUGGCCUCACCAAUCGAGCAGGAGUCAUCCCGAUCUCUCCUAGACAGGACACUAUUGGGCCCAUCGGCAGGACAGUAUCGGAUGCUGUCUAUGUUCUUGAUGCCAUUGCAGGUUUCGACUACUAUGAUGCAGCAACGAGGGACGCAUCAAAGUACAUUCCACGAGGUGGCUAUAACCAAUUUCUGAAAGCUUGUGGGCUCAAAGGGAAGAGAUUGGGAAUAGUGAGAAAUCCCUUCUUCAUUUCCGGUAGUGGCUCUGGGCAGGUUAAGGCUUUCGAGAAUCGUUUCCAAACUUUAAGGCAACGAGGUGCAGUGUUGAUAGACCACCUGGAAAUAGCCAACAUUGAUGUUAUAUUGAAUGCCGCAUUGAGUGGGGAAGCAACAGCGUUGCUGGCUGAAUUCAAACUCUCCCUGAAUGCAUAUCUCAAAGAUUUGGUAGUUUCCUCAGUGAGAACCUUGGCCGAUGUGAUUUUCUUUAACGAGAAGUUCUCGGAUUUGGAAAUGAUCAAGGAAUUUGGCCAAGACAUCUUUCUGGCAGCCCAAAUCACAAAUGGAAUUGGCAAUAAAGAGAAGGAGGAAUUGCUUAACAUGACAAAACUUUCCAGAGAUGGAUUUGAGAAGGUGAUGAGAGACAACAGGUUAGAUGCAUUGGUGACUCCUGGUGCCGACGCUGCUCCCAUUCUUGCAAUUGGGGGAUUUCCGGCCAUCAAUGUCCCAGCAGGAUAUGAUAGUGAAGGGGUGCCUUUUGGCAUAUCGUUUGGAGGACUAACAGGGUCAGAGCCAAAGCUGAUUGAGAUUGCAUACGGCUUUGAGCAAGCGGCUAAGAUCAGGAAGCCACCUUCAUUUAAACCUUGAAAGCUUUCCAACAAUCUCUAUUCAAAGUUGAAGAACUUGUAUCAAUACCUCUUAUCUACAAAUUUAUAUAUCAAUUGCAAGGAA